UUAGCUAGGUACAUAUAGCUAGUAAAAUCAAGAAGCUAGCUAAUUAAGGGGGGAUUAAAUUAAAGAUGGAACUCAACUACUUUUCGUCCUCCAGCUCCAACAUACCCUUUAUCAUCAUCUUCCUCUCCCUAUCAACAAUUGCUUUCUCCUUCCUACUAUCCACAAUAGGAAAGCUGAUCAACAAAAAACCACUCCCACCAGGUCCAUGGAAACUGCCCAUCAUUGGGAGCCUGCACCAUCUAAUAGGUGAACUCCCACACCGCUCCCUCACAAGAUUAUCAAGAAAAUACGGCCCGCUGAUGCAUUUACAGCUCGGCGAAGUGCCCGCCAUCGUCGUUUCGUCCCCGGAGAUGGCGAAGGCCGUGACGAAAACCCACGACCUUGCCUUCUCCAACAGGCCAAGGCUCAUGGCCCUAGACUUGGUCUUUUACAAAUGCACCGACAUCGCCUUCGCCCCUUAUGGGGAUUACUGGAGGGAGAUGCGCAGGAUAUGCAUUUUGGAGCUGUUGACAGCCAAAAUGGUCAAAUCCUUCGGCUCAAUCCGGCAGGAUGAGCUUCGCAAACUCGUCUCCUCCGUUACCGUAUCGUCAUCAUUAUCGUCAUCGUUGUCUGUCGUGAACGUGAUGAAAAAGGUGAUGUGGUUUAACAGCUCUAUGACGUGUAGGGCCGCGUUUGGGAGAAUAAAGCUGAGCAGUAGAGAUAAGGAGAAGUUGAUCGCAAAGGUGACGGAGGUGCUGAGCUAUGCCGGAGGGUUUGACGUGGCGGACUUGUUUCCGUCCCGGAAAUGGAUCCCUUACGUGUGUGGGAGCAGGUCAAGGUUGCUGACACUGCACCGUGGGCUGGACAAAAUUUACGAAAGCAUGAUCGAAGAACAUGAAGAGAACACGACGUGCAGGUCAAAUGAGGAAGAAGAAGAAGACAUCGUUGAUGUUUUACUCCGAGUGGGGCAGGUUGGGGAACAUCGUUUGACUCGGGACAACAUUAAAGCUGUCAUCAAUGACCUAUUCUCAGCUGGGAGUGAAACAACUGCGACAACUGCAACUUGGGCAAUGUCCGAGUUGAUGAGGAACCGGUGUGUGAUGGAUAAGGCACAAGAGGAGGUCAGAAGCACCAUAAAUGGGGGAAAGACGACGGCAGCAACCUCAUUUGAUGAUGAUGAAGUGGAAAAGCUAACGUACCUAAAGCUGGUGAUCAGAGAGACUUUGAGGUUGCACCCGCCCAUCCCGCUCCUACUCCCAAGAGAAAGCAGCGAAGAAAUAGUGAUCGGCGGGUUCACCAUACCUCCCAAAACAAGAGCCAUUGUGAAUGCUUGGGCUAUCGGAAGGGACCCUGAGGUCUGGGAAGAUCCAGAGGCUUUUUGGCCUGAGAGGUUUAUGAAUAAUAAUAGUUCUGCGGCGGCGGUGGAGGCGGAUGUGCAUGGGAAUCAUUAUGAAUUGUUGCCGUUUGGGGCAGGGAGAAGAGUGUGCCCUGGGGUGCGCUUUGGGUUGGCUAAUGUCACCCACUCUCUGGCCGCUUUGUUGUACCACUUCGACUGGGAACUGCCUCCUGGAGUGACAACUGAAAACUUUGACAUGAGUGAGACCAUGGGGUUGAAGGCCACCAGAAAGAAGGAUCUUUGCUUGGUUGCCAGGCCAUACACCCAUUCUUCACUUCAGCAUCUCAUAGAGUGAUUGAUAUGAUCAAUCUUUAUUAUAUAUAUUCAUGCAUCCAUGCAUUUCCCUACAUGGCCUCUAGAAGAAACCGAACUUAGAUGUAGCUAGUAAACC